AUGGUAUCGCCGACCUUGACGUUCGCCCUUUCUCCGACAUCGCAAUGUGUCUGCUCUGGACACGUACCUGCUAUAUUUGCAUUUGUCGUGCAUUUUCGUUACGAUUCCGCGAUGAUCCUGAACCGUCUACGCAAUUACCUACCCGCCAACGGUCGCAAUCUCCAUCUAUCCUCGUGUGGGCGGUAUUUCCAAAUGGCAGGAAGUGAACGCUUUUCGGAUAUAGCUCGAUCGCUACAAAAUGGGACGCACGACGCAUCUCCUGAAGACCCGAUGCUGCCUGCCCUUGAAGAUUUACGGUCCGAAGUCCAAGAUAUCGUUAACGCGUUCCAAGCACGCCUUCGCAGUCACAAACAAGCUGCCGCCGAGCUCUUCGAUGACAAGCCAUUAGAUACCCACGGGGAUGACGUCGCCGUUGAGGCGGACUCUGACCGCGCUCAACCAAAGCUGCCGGUCUCAGCGCCGUCAUUAGGCUCCCAUGGAAUUUUGGAGGGUCAAGAGAAUAGGCCAAGCUCUGAUGCAAUCCCACCCGUUGUUCUCGGUAGAUCUGAAGACGAAGUUGUUGCGGCACUAGGAAGAGCAGCGGCCCAAGCCGACGGGAGAAGCGCUCACACGGAAAGCAGCGAUGACACCGAGACAUCUGUAACUGAUGCCAGCGGUACAGAUGAAAAACUUCCGUUAGAGAGGCAGACGACGGCCCAGGUACCGGAACACGUGGAAUUGUAA